CACUUCAAAGUUCAAACCAUGCCAAAAUCCAUGGAAGCUUCAAAGAAGCAACCAUAACCAUUGCAAGAAUAUUUAAAAAAAACCUGCACGUUGUGCCAUAGUAGUUAGCAGAAAAAUACAAUUGUUUAAACAAAUUCGAUGCUAUAUAUGAUGCACGGCACCAUGUAGUUGAAGGCACAAAAACCGCAAAGUUAGCUGAGCAUCGAAACAUGACUUCAGCCACCACAGAUUCCGACUUUGCGUUCUUGGAAUCCGUUCGACAGUACCUAAUUGGACACGAUUCCAUCAAUCUCAUGCCUGCAACUUCUCACGAUCCACUUUCAAACCCUAAACGCGAUGGCGAUUUCGAGAACAUUGUUUUUCGAAGUGAGGACGCAACUGCUGCGGUGGCGCGUCAUGUCUACGCACCACCGGCAUGGAAGCAUUACCGAGGUGUGAGGCGCAGGCCAUGGGGGAAAUUUGCGGCGGAGAUAAGGGAUCCAAAGAAGAACGGAGCUAGAGUUUGGCUGGGAACUUUUGACACGGAGGAGAAAGCAGCUUUGGCUUACGACAAAGCUGCUUUCAGGAUGCGCGGUCAAAAAGCGAAGUUGAAUUUUCCUCAUCUUAUAGAUUCUGAUAAUUUUGAAACAUUGUCAGAACCGGUGAUGGAAACAGAUCAUAAGAGGAAGUUGUCGGAAAGUUUUGAAGCAUGUUCACCGUCAUCGUCGUGUUCAGAAGAUAGUUCAGAGUCACAAGGGACAAAGAGGAGGAAGAACCUCACUGAUCUAUUGAAUAAGUUAGCAAAGAGUAGAAGCCAAGCCAGGGUAGUGGGUUAGAGGAGUGUGUUGUACAAUUUGAUCAAUUGUUGAUUCAAUGAUUCUGAUGCAAUCUGGUGUUCAUAGAAUUUCAUUUUUUGUUCGCAAUUUCACAAUUGCCAAUUUGAUUAUCGUUAUUGAUGCUCAAA